UCAAGCGUAGGCAUUCCUGGAGCGGUGCCUGGCGGGUUGGUCAAUGGGCAGUUCCUCAGUUCGCCGGCAGCGCCAGCGCGGGCACCAGCAAACCACCAUCGGCCGCGCUCGAGCGAAAUGUCUGGACUAGCGAAGAUUGUUUUCAGUGAUUCGUCGUUUCUGGCGCCGUAUAGCAAAGUCGGCGACAUCAUUGUGUGCCGGGAGACACACGGGCGGCAGGUGUCGGUGAACUUCAAGUUCAAGCUGUCCGCCGACCAGGUUGAUAUGUUGACGAAAAACAUGGAUCGGCCACAGAGGGCCCAGUACGGGGUAUAUCUGUACAUGUGCCAGUACGCGCUGGCCACUAGCUUUGCAAACCAGCCAUCACAAAACACGCUUGCAGUGCAGUAUCCGUCGAUGUGCAGCGUGGUGGUUAAUGGGCGCAGCAUCCAGCGCCCGCCGCAGCGCCCGAGCCAGGAGACACCACCGUGGAACCUGAUGGACCAGGUAAACCUGCAGAUGGGGGUCGAUAACAGCGUGUGUAUCAUUUACACGUCCCACACGAGCUGGGUGGCGGUGGCCAUGUUGGUCCGGCAGCACACAGCUGAGUCGAUUGCAGAACAGAUCCGACAAGUCAGCUUCGUCGAUGCAGAGACGGUGCGCCAGCAGUUCUUCAGGCCUGUGGGCAAUGCCGACGACGACGUGGUCGCUGACGGCGCUCUGGUUAGCCUGAAGUGCCCGCUGGGUCUAGUGCGCAUCACAACGCCAAUGCGAUCAAAGUACUGCAACCACUCCCAGUGCUUUGAUGGCGAGGUGUUUUUGAAAAUGAACGAGCAGACGCCGACGUGGAAGUGUCCGAUAUGCUCGAUUGCUGUGAAAUCAUGGCAGGAGCUGAUUGUUGACGGAUACUUUGAAGAGAUUCUGCGCGGCACGCAGGACUCAGACGACCAGGUUCACGUGGACCCUGAUGGUGCAUGGCGCAGGAAGGAGGCGGCGGCAGCACUAGUGGCUUCCUCUGGAAAGCACUCGCGGAGCUCGGCUGGUGAGGCGAUUGAUCUGAGCGACGUGGAGGUGUCGGGCCCGUCUAGCAAGCGCUCCAGGACUGAGGUGGUGGAUCUGACGCUGGAUUCAGACAGCGACAGCGACGGUGAAGCGGAGAUGAACGAACUCCUGGCUGACCUUGAGAACGACAGCGAGUGGGUUGACGAGGCUGUGUCGCAGGCUGAGGUGAACAGCCAGCCUGGAACGCAGUCCAGUGCGUCAAUUCCUCAGUCCCAGAAUGGAAGCGCAGGCAACCACCGUAAAAGGAACAACAGCUCGAGUAGCCAUGCGCCCAUGCUACCAGGUCCUUGGAUGCAGACUCCACAGACAAACGGAAACAGCAACGGCAAUGGUGGCAUGGAUAUGUCAGUGUCAGGGCCAGCUGCAAAUAACUCGCUGACGCUACCAGCGAUGCAGACAAGACCUCAGCAGGCGAAUGGAGAUGGGUCAGGUUACAGCAGCCAGGGCACUGAUACUCGGGCAACAAACGACACUGGAGCACAUGGAGGAAAUCUACCGACGGGCCGGGCUGGCAGAGACCAGCUGGCAUCGCCGGUCCCUGGACUUCCUGCGAACUGGGCUAGCCAGACAGGCACUUUUACUUGCCAGGCCGAAGAAUGCAGCUCGUUUUCGGGAGACUCGCUCGCGCAGGGCUCAGGGUCCGCAGCCCAGCAGCAGACCGCAGAACAGGUCACCGAGGCUGAUGCCGUACAUGCGGCCGAGGGAGCAAGGAGCUGGCAGCAGCUUCCGCCCACCCCUACACAACCUGGCACUGCCAGUGUCAGUAGCUCUGGUUCUGCCGAUCCGGCCGUUCGACUCCAGCUCCCUAGCAGUCCCGAGAGUGCAGCACCGCACCUGCACCGCAGGUGGAAAUGGAUCACCCGAAGGCGCUUGCCCGAGGAUCCGUGCCAGAGCAUGAGGGACACCGACAGCAGCUAGUAGUUCCCGAGCAGCGUACUGCCACGCCGCCUGCCAGCAGCGGCAUUACUAUUGCCACUGCCAGCAUCCAGCAGCGCCGCGAUCCAUUCAAGUUCAAACCCUCGACCAAAGCAGCCUCCAAGCGUAGCCGGGUCCGGGUCAUUGAUGCCAGCGAUACCAGCCCCAGCACAAAUGGCGCCGCUCCUGGCAUACAGACCACCGUACUGUAGCUCACUGGGCAUGUCGUCUGGGCCGCCGCCCGCUGCGUUCAUGCGGUCACCGAUGGCGUCGGCAACAGUGACACCAAAUUACGCCGACCGCACACUCCCGCCGAUUCUGGCUGCACCGGCUACUGCGCCCAUGACUCUGCAUCGCAGCGAUGUGCUGGAUUCCGCGCC